AUGGACGAGUAUCUAAUCAUUACAAUCCACCAUAGUGGUGAAUUUGCGAGUGAGGACUUGAGCGUUUACGUAGGAGGUCAGAUUGCUAAACUGAGGGUAGAUGCUGAUAAGUGGAGUUUUUUUGAGCUGUUAGGUAGUAUCAAGGAACUAGGUUAUCGAGCCAUAGAAAACAUAUAUUAUAAGGAUCCAACUGGUGGGAUGAAUAUGUUGGUAGAUGACAGAGGAGCAUUAGAGAUUGCUGAUUUAUAUAGGGUUCAUCUUAGUGUUGAGGUCUUUAUUAAGCAAGCAUUGUCCCAGCCUGUUUUUGCUGAAGAAGCUGAAGUUGUGUUAGAUGAUAUUCCACUUAAUGAGAUGCCACCUAAUGAGAUAGUAGAUGAGGUAGCAGUAGAGAUUGAGGAAAUAUUGAAGGAAUUUGAUGAGAGGGCCAAUGAUGUAGCACAGGAUGAUGUGAGGACUAAUGAUGUAACACAAGAUGGUGAGAGGGCCAAUGAUGUAGCACAGGAUGAUGUGAGGACUAAUGAUGUAACACAAGAUGGUGAGAGGGCCAAUGAUGUAGCACAGGAUGAUGUGAGGACUAAUGAUGUAACACAAGAUGAUGAGAGGGCCAGAGAUGUAGCACAAGAUGAUGUGAGUGCAGUUGGAGCUGAUAAUGGACCUGUGGGUGGUGAGGUUGAUGAUGAUUUAAGACUGACUGAUGAUAGUUCUGAUGAUAGCAACUUCGAGUAUGAUAGUGCAAUGGAGAUAGUAUUUGAUGAUGACUCUGAUGAGUAUAGUACUGAACUGGAAGAGGAGGAUGGAAACCUAUUGGACUGUGAUAUUGAAGAUAAUGAACAAAUGAAAAGUAAAAAAGGAAAACAAAUGUCUGAUGAAAACAAAGAAGAUAGUAAAGGGAGUGAUAAUGAUAGUGAGGAUCUUGUAAGUGAUUGUGAUAGUGAUGAUAGCAGUAGGGCUAGGAGAAAGAAGUAUCCAAUUUUUAAGCUUUUAAAGGAUAUAUCCAAUUACAGAUGGGAAGUGGGAACCUAUUUUACUACAAAGGAAGAUUUCAAGGAGGCAAUUGUUACUUAUGCAGUCCAUUCUGGCAGAGAUUUAAGGUUCACUAAGAAUGACAAGAUAAGGGUUAGGGUCAGGUGUAAGGAUGGAUGUGAAUGGGAAUCUUACUGUGCUAAGUUGCCUACUGAGGAUUCAUGGCAACUUAAGAAGAAGAUUGAAAAAACAAGUUCAUACACAAAUAUGUGGCUUGUAAGGAUGUCUGAUGAGUUUAUAUUUGAAGUGAGAAAUUUGGAAAACAAUGCUGAAAAAUUUACAGUCAAUCUAAAAGAUAGGACUUGUUCAUGUAGAAGGUGGGAGUUGACAGGCCUCCCCUGUGUUCAUUCACUAUCAGCAAUCAAAAGCAGGAACCAGAAGAUUGAUGAUUAUGUUCCUGAGUAUUACAGGAAAUCAAGAUAUAUGCAAGUGUACCAGCCAGUCAUUUUUCCAGUCAAUGGCUCAAACCUAUGGGAGAGGACAGAGUACCCUGAUGUUCUGCCACCCAAAUUUAGGAAAAUGCCAGGAAGACCCAAAAAAAGGAGGAAUUUGGAACAAGGUGAACUAGAUGGCACAGAUAGAAAGAUGAGAAGAACUGGCUUCAUUGUGAAGUGCAGUAGAUGCAAGAAACAAGGACACAACAAACUUACUUGCAAGGUACCAUCAACUACUGCACAAGCAGCUCCAUCACAAUCAUCUCCAUCUCAGACUACUUUUGUACAAGUAUCCCAAGCAGCUCAUUCAGCUCCAUCACAGUCAUCUCAAGCAGCUCCUUCACAAUCAUCUCAAGCAGCUCCAUCACAAUCAUCCCAAGCUCAGAAGACUACUCCAAAAUCAGCCAAGAAGAUUACUCCUAAAGCAAAGAAGUUGGCAGUUAGAAGGCCAAAUGCCCCUUUUAUCCCACCUGGUCCAACCACAAGGCUGACUGCUGCAAAAACAGCUAUAGGUCCAACAACAAGGAGGACAACACCUACUAAAAGGGCCACACCAAAAUGGAAACCAUAG